AUGGGCCGACUGAACCCCGCGCUCCCGCGGCUGCUGGCGUUGCAGCUGGUGGUGGUGAUGCCCGGGACGCUACUAGGAGCGUCCUGCCCCGAGCCCUGCCUCUGCCCACCCGACGGCGCCCUGCGUUGCCCCGGCCCGAGGCCAGGUCUUCCCCGACUAUCACUCACCUAUCUCCCCAUCAAAGUAAUUCCAUCUCAAGCUUUCAGAGGGCUUAACGAGAUCGUAAAAAUUGAAAUUUCUCAGAGUGAUUCCCUGGAAAAGAUCGAAGCUAAUGCCUUUGAGAGUCUCCUCAAUUUGUCUGAAAUACUGAUCCAGAACACCAAAAACCUGGUGCACAUUGAGCCUGGAGCAUUUACCAAUCUCCCCCGGUUAAAAUACCUGAGCAUCUGUAACACGGGCCUUCAGAAGCUUCCAGACGUUACGAAGAUCUUCUCCUCUGAAUUUAAUUUCAUCCUGGAAAUUUGUGAUAACUUACACAUAACCACCAUACCGGGAAAUGCUUUCCAAGGGAUGAAUAACGAAUCCAUAACACUCAAACUUUAUGGAAAUGGAUUUGAAGAAAUCCACAGUCAUGCCUUCAACGGGACGACGCUGAUUUCACUGGAGCUGAAGGGAAACACACACCUGAAGAUGAUGCACCAGGGAGCCUUCCUGGGGGCCACAGGGCCCAGCAUCCUGGAUAUUUCCUCCACCAGACUGCAGGCCCUCCCAAACCAUGGGCUGGAAUCCAUUCAGACACUAAUUGCCAAAGCUUCCUACUCUCUUAAAAAACUACCUGCAAGAGAAAAAUUCUCCAGCCUCCUGGAUGCCACGUUGACUUAUCCCAGUCACUGCUGUGCUUUUAGGAACCUGCCACCAAGAGAGAAGAAUUUUUCAUUUUUCAUUUUUGAAAACUUUUCCAAACAAUGUGAAAGCACAGCACGGAAACCAAAUAAUGAAACACUUUACUCUGCCAUCUUUGCUGAGAGUGAGCUGACUGGCUGGGACUAUGACUAUGGAUUCUGCUCACCAAAGACACUGCGAUGUGCCCCUGAACCCGACGCCUUCAAUCCCUGUGAAGACAUCAUGGGCUAUGACUUCCUUCGUGUCCUCAUCUGGCUGAUUAACAUCUUAGCCCUGUUGGGAAAUAUGACCGUCCUCUUGGUACUCCUGACCAGUCAUUACAAACUGACUGUGACCCGUUUCCUUAUGUGCAAUCUCUCCUUUGCUGACUUCUGCAUGGGGCUCUACCUGCUCCUCAUUGCCUCGGUGGAUUCCAGAACCAAAGGCCAGUAUUAUAACCAUGCCAUCGACUGGCAAACUGGAAGUGGUUGUACUGCUGCUGGCUUUUUCACAGUGUUUGCCAGCGAACUUUCUGUCUACACCCUCACGGUCAUCACACUGGAGAGGUGGCACACUAUUACAUAUGCUAUUCGAUCUGACCAAAAACUGCGCUUAAGACACGCCAUUCCGAUUAUGCUUGGAGGAUGGAUCUUCUCGGCUCUGAUUGCCAUGUUGCCACUAGUGGGUAUCAGCAACUACAUGAAAGUCAGCAUUUGCCUCCCCAUGGAAGUGGAAACUACUGUCUCCCAAGUGUACAUAUUAACUAUCCUCAUAUUCAAUGUGGCAGCCUUCUUUGUUGUUUGCGUUUGCUACAUGAAAAUUUAUUUCGCAGUUCAACAUCCAGAGCUGAUGACUACCAGCAAAGACACAAAGAUUGCUAAGAAAAUGGCCAUCCUCAUCUUCACCGACUUCACCUGCAUGGCACCCAUCUCCUUCUUUGCCAUCUCUGCAGCUUUCAAAGUGCCUCUUAUCACGGUGACCAACUCAAAAGUUCUACUGGUUCUUUUUUAUCCUGUCAACUCUUGUGCCAAUCCGUUUCUCUAUGUGAUUUUCACAAAGGCAUUUCGAAGGGAUUUCUUUAUGUUGCUGAGCAAACUGGGCUGCCUUAAAGGCCGGGCUGAACUUUACAGACGAAAGGAGUUGGCAGCUUUUACCUCAAGCUGCCCAAAUGGUUUCCCUGGAUCAAACAAGUCUCCUCAUCUACCCUGA